AUGACGAUAAUACUAUAUCAGGCUGGAGCGUCGGAAGGUCACCACUACCGCAAGACAGGUCAGCUUCCGGACAUCAGCGUCCAGAACUUGAUUGACUGCACGGAGCCUUACGGAAACUCUGGUUGCAAUGGCGGCCUUAUGAUUCCGGUAUACGAAUACAUCAAGGACAAUGAGGGAGUAGGCUCAGAAAAGUCAUAUCUUUUCGAGGAGAAGGCGAGAGAAUGCAGGUUCAAAAGGCAGAAUUCCGUUGUUACAUGCACAGGUUACGUGGAGAUUCCUGAGGGCGAUGAAAAAGCGCUUGAAAUAGCAGUUGGUACCGCUUGUCCCGCCUCAGUAGGAAUUGAUGCUGGUCGACCAACGUUCCAGUUCUACUUUGACGGAAUCUAUGACGAGUCUACUUGUAGCAAUGGUAUUGAUUAG